AUGCAACUUACCAAAAGAGCGACUAUAAAGAAAGAACUAGAAAUUGUGAAGGAUUCUACAACUGUCGGUGGAUAUCACCGGAUCAAUAAACAUUACGACAUUUUUCAAGAAGCAAGUACACAAUUGGUUAAGCUUCCAGAGGAAGUAGCUGUAAGACGUAAAAUGGAAAGUGUUGCAUCUGCGGAUCAUGAAAAAGCAGAUGAUUUGUAUAUUUGCCCUUUGAUAUAG